UUUUUCAAAACCCUAAUCUUGAUUUUCACUAUAAUCUAUAUUAAUUUAAAGUUUUAUAUAUUUUUUUCACUUUUAAGAUUUACAAAUAUAAAAAAUUUAUCAUCUUUUUUUACUUUUUUUUAAUAUAUAAUUUAAUCCAAGAUCUGAACUAAUUUAGAUCAAAUCCAUUGAUUAAUUAAGCAUGCUGUUACUGUUUAAUUGCUGCUGAUUGUGGAUCUAAGACAUGUAGACAAUAGAAAUAGUUAUUUGUUCGUCUGAGAUGGAAUACAACGUAGAAGAAGCUCUACGAGCGAAAGAGAGUGCAGAGAAGUUAUUUGCGAUUAAAGAUUUCAUCGGUGCAAAACAGUAUGCUUUGAAGGCUCAGGCAAUAUGCCCUCAACUUGAGGGCAUUUCUCAAAUGGUUACUACUUUUGAAAUCUAUGCAGCUGCUCAGACGAAGAUAAAUGGUGAAGUUGAUUUGUAUUCGGUCCUUGGUUUACAUCCAUCAGUAGAGAAAUCUGUAUUGAAGAAACAAUACAAGAAGAUGGCGGUUCUUCUUCACCCUGAUAAGAACAAAACAAUGGGAGCUGAUGAAGCUUUUAAACUUGUCUCUGAGGCAUGGAGUGUACUAUCCGAUAAUGCAAAACGUAAGUCUUAUGAUAUCCGGAGAAACAAUCACUUAUUAGCAACGGUUUCACAGUCUGCUGGUAAACUUGAUACAUUUUGGACUGUUUGCACGUCAUGUCGUGUUCAGUACGAAUAUCUUAGAAAAUACGUGAAUAAACGACUUUCAUGUAAGAAUUGUCGUGGGGUGUUUGUUGCGGUUGAAACGGGAUCGGCUCCUGUGACUUAUUGUCCGUGGUCAUAUGCAGCUGAUAAUAAUGGAUAUGCAAAUCAUUCAUAUAAUGCUAAUGCUGCCACUUAUUUACCAAAUUCAUCGGUGUGUUUUACUGGCAACGGGUCCUCUGUUUUUCAAUCUCCACAUGGACCUGAUUACAAUAGCAAUGUAUCAUUUCAGUGGAAUGCUUCUUCUAAUAUUCCAGAUCCUAACCUUGUUCAUAAACCAAAUAAAAGAGCAAAAGCUUACGGGAAGAACGGGACCAGAAAUUCUUUGGCAAAUACAGGUUCUGGUGACGGCCCGCCUGUUAGGAUGGGUAGGCCUCCUAAGAAACGAAAGAUUGAGGAGGAAGAUGGACCGCGAUACCCAAAUGGUGAAAUGUUAUUCAAAACUGACCCUGAUGUGGUAACUAAUGGAAACACCAUCACUGAGGCGUCUACCAGAUGGUAUCUUGCACCACCAGUUUUUGAUGCUAGAAAGUUGUUAAUUGAUAAAGCUAGAUCGGUUAUCAGGUGUAAGUUAGAAGAAAUGAAGUUAGCUGCAAAGAAUGGUAAAACAGUUAAGAAAUCAAUCCCAAUGCCGAUUACGGUCCCGGACCCGGAUUUUCAUGACUUUGACACUGAUAGAUCCGAAGAGGUAUUCAAACCGAAGCAAAUCUGGGCUAUAUACGAUGAAGAAGAUGGAAUGCCUCGUCUUUACUGUCUUAUUCGUGAGGUCAUUUCUGUGAAACCAUUUCAGCUCUAUAUUAGUUACUUAAAUUCAAAAACUGAUACCGAAUUUGGUUCUGUGAAAUGGAUCGAAUCGGGAUUCACUAAAUCCUGUGGAAACUUCCGGGUCUUCCACUCUGACAUUGUUGACCAAGUCAACAUAUUUUCUCAUCUUUUGGGCCGAGAGAAGGCGGGUAGAGGAGGGUGUGUUAAAAUAUACCCAAAAAGUGGAGAUGUUUGGGCUGUGUAUCGAAACUGGUCCGAUAACUGGAAUCGGAAGACACCUAAAGAAGUGAGGCACCAGUAUGAAAUGGUUGAAGUUAUUGAUGAUUAUUCUGAGGAGCGUGGAGUACGUGUAACUCCAUUGGUGAAAUUAGAAGGUUACAAAACGGUUUAUCAGAGGGACUCCAAGCACCCAACCCGUUGGAUCCCUAGAAGAGAGAUGCUACGGUUUUCCCACCAAGUUCCAUCUUGUGUACUCAGAGGCCAGGCACUUAAUUUGCCAGAUGGGUGUUGGGAUCUUGACCCUGCUGCAACCCCAGAAGAACUUCUUCGGGCUGCAAUGGAGGAUAAACCCGAUACUGCAGAUGCUUCAAUGAAAGAUUGAUAAUGUACAAACUGGAACACAUAGUGAUGUGUGAAAAUUGAUGUAAGAAAUUUAGGUAGCUGGAAGGGGAUCCUAAGGUGUGAUCCGCAGCGGCUUAAGCUCACAUUUGUUUUUAGAGGGGUUAUAUGUUGGUUGAGCUACUUGUACCAUCUUUAAUACUUUAUAAGAAUGCUUAUUAACACUUUUAAGUUUAUACAUUAAUGCUAUUAUUAGUACCACUUUUAGAA